CCAGCUUCUGAAACAACAGUAGCUAGCACCAACAAUCCUUUCCUUGGUGACAUGCCACAAAAGGCCCUUGAUUUCCCUAUUUAUACACUAUCGUGUGCUCUGAAACGGCCGAAUACGCCAUUCUCUUCUCUGUCCUUGCGUCUCUCCCAGGUCCAGAGAGAGCGCGCGCAGAUACUAGCUAGCUAGCGAGAGGAAGAGAUGAGCUUCAUCGGCAUGAUGGAGGCGAGGCUGCCCCCGGGGUUCCGGUUCCACCCGAGGGACGACGAGCUCGUGCUGGACUACCUCUGCCGCAAGCUCUCCGGCAAAGGCGGCGGUGGCGGUACCGGAGCAUACGGCGGCGUCGCCAUGAUCGACGUCGACCUCAACAAGUGCGAGCCGUGGGAUCUUCCAGACGAGGCGUGCGUGGGCGGUCGGGAGUGGUACUUAUUCAGCCUGCACGACCGCAAGUAUGCGACGGGCCAACGCACCAACCGCGCCACGCUGUCGGGGUACUGGAAGGCGACGGGCAAGGACCGCCCCAUCCGCAGUCGUCGCGGCGCCGGCGCGGUGGUCGGGAUGCGCAAGACGCUGGUGUUCUACCAGGGCAGAGCCCCCCGCGGGACCAAGACCGAGUGGGUCAUGCACGAGUUCCGCGUGGAGGACCCGGCGGUUGCCGUUGCCGACCGCCCCAACUCACCUCCCAAGGAGGACUGGGUGCUGUGCAGGGUGUUCUACAAGAGCAGAACCACCACCACGAGACCACCGGCCGGCGACGAGGCCGGGUCACUGUCCAGCGAGCUGAUCAGCCAGUCGCUGCCGCACAUGCCCCCUGCCGACGCCUACCUCGCCUUCGAUCGCGCAACGGCGGCCACCAUCGAUGGCUGCUACCAGCAAGACGCCGGCCUCCCGGCGGCGCAGGCGCUGCCGUUCAGGUCCCUGUCGAGCUUCAGGGAGCUGCUGAGCAGCAUGGUGGAGCGCAACGACGGCGCUGUUGCAAAGGCGGAGUUCCAUCAGGACUGGACCGAGGCGGCCUACGCGCAGCAGAGCGCCGUGUCGCCGCAGACGUGGAGCCCGUUUCUGAGCUCUGGGUGAAAUCUAGUGUGUGGCAGGCGUCGUGUGCUCAGUGAAUAGUGAGCAGUUUGUUUGUCUUCAUUUUCUGUAACUUGAUCAUAAUAUAGAUAGGAGGAAUGGCUUGGUGCAGUAACUUCUGUAUAAAGGAUUGUUGCAGAAAUUAUAUAACUUUUCUGUCACUUGAUCAUAAUAUAGAUAGGUGGAAUGGCUUGACUCUCAAA